AUGACACAGCUUGGAUGGAGCCAAGAGGAGUUCAAUGAAGAGGCCCAGAGGCUGGUCUCUGCUCUAAAGGGUUUGCAGAAGUCAAGCUCAGCGUCUCAAGAAUUUCUAAGGGAUUGGCUGUUGGAGGUGGAUGCCAAGGUUGGACACCAUGGUGGCUUCUUUCUGAAGCAUCCAUCUGUGACACGAAUUAUUGUGUGCGUGGGCCAUCAGGAGACCACAGAAACAGAAGAAGAAGACCACCCUGAAGAAAAAGAGGACGCCUUUUGUGAUGACACAAUACUACAAGAUGACGCAGAAGUCAUGGCAGAGCCUAUCGCCGUUGAUACUGGUAUUGACGGUAAAUCCAGAUACCAUUCCGAUCAUUCAUCGUCCUCAGUACUAUGCGAGACACGGUGGCAUUUCAGCAUUGUCUACAGCAACACAUGGAAAGCUCCAAUUUUGUACUUUACAGUGGAAAACAUGAGUGACAAUUUUAGUCCAUGCCCUCGAUCGGACGUCCUCCAAAUCCUAACGACAUUCAGCCACUACAACCGCGUGGAGGAUGCCUGGGAGUUUUUGUCUCAUGAAGAGCACCCCAUUUCUCGGAUUCCAUCCUUUUUCCUCCAUCCCUGUCAGACUUUGGAACGGUUGCAGACACUGCUUAAAAUGCAAUCUACUACGAAUGGUACAAACAAUGGUAAUGCUGACAGCUACGACUGCCGCCUGUUGAGUUGGUUGUCCAUGAUUUUGCCGAGUGUUGGAUACUCGUUUCCAUCCAAUCUCUUUCAGGAACUGCAAGAGCAACUCAGUCUUCCAUCUAAGGAGCAACCGCAAGGGGAUCCGAGUUAG